UUUGACAAUUUCAAUUAAAUUUUCAGAAAACUUCUAACACUUCCUAUUUCCUAAGAUUGUUGUUCGAAACAAAAUUAAAAUUUAUUGAACUUGAUACGUAUUUUAAGUAUUACAAUAUAAUCAGACUAUUGUGCGACUAAAAAACUAUAUUUGCAAAAUAAUUAUUGAUAAAUUUCUGUUACAAAAGUAUUCCAUAAUAUACCUAUACUUUAUAACCUCAAAUGGCGGUGGUAACUUUAAGUAAGGUUGAAGAUUUUGAAGAUUUCGUAAGGUCACCUUCAUUAGCAGUAGUCCACUUUUCGGCAGAAUGGGCAGAACAAUGUAAACAAGUAACUGACAUCCUUAACGAAUUGGGAAAUCUAAGUGACAUAAAAUCUAGCGGUUGUAAAUUUGCUGUGUGUGAUGCUGAAGGUAUAUCUGAAGUAUCUUUAAAGUAUAAGAUAGAUUCAGUGCCAACAGUGAUUUUAUUUAAAAAUAGUAAUCAAAUUGAUAGAAUUGAUGGUGUUGAUGUAUCACAAAUAACAUCAAAAGUCAAAGCUCAUUGUUCUAGCAAAGCUGUAGCAGAAAUAAAGCAACCAAUUGAGGAAAGACUGAAAUUACUUAUUAAUAAGCAUAAGGUCAUGGUAUUUAUGAAGGGAAACAGAGACACACCAAGAUGUGGCUUCAGCAGGACACUAAUACAAAUUUUGAAUGAUAUUGGAGUGCAAUAUGAUACCUUUGAUAUUUUAACGGAUGAAGAAGUACGACAAGGAUUGAAGGUUUAUUCUGAUUGGCCAACUUAUCCACAAGUCUAUGUAAAUGGAGAUUUGAUUGGUGGAUUAGAUAUAAUUAAAGAACUCCAGGCCAAUGGAGAGUUGGAAUCUACACUGAAUGCCUGAAAAUAUUAUAGUAUAGUGGUACAUUUUUAAUUUAUUAAAACAAUAUUAUAACAUGAG